AUGGCACGCGUGUCGGCGGGAUGGGCAGUGCUGUUGUUGGCGCUGGUGGCGGUCGGCGUAGCCUCAGCGGCUGCCGGCGACGGCAAGUACACGACGCGCUACGACAACAUCAACUUGGACGACAUCCUGCACAGCACGCGCCUGCUCAACAGCUACAUCAACUGCCUGAUGGAGCGCGGGCCCUGCACGGCCGAUGGCAGGGAGCUCAAGGACAACCUGCCGGAUGCCCUGCAGACGGACUGUUCCAAGUGCAGCGAGAAACAGAAGGACGGCGCAGAAAAAGUCGUCAACUUCCUGAUCGAGAACCGGCCGGAUCAGUGGAAGGAGCUGGAGGCGAAAUACGACCCCACUGGUAUCUACAAGCGCAAGUACGAGGCGCGGAGGAAAGGGUUA